CAUAUCUUUGGUUAUUUCGCGGUUGUCACCAAUUUUACAUUACUCCCUCCUAUCGGAUUGACGAGAAAGAUGACUGACUGCAAGUUAAGACACAUUAAAGUUUACAACUCGUCCACAUAUUUUACUAGGCAUUUUAUUUUAUUAAUAUCCUUAUCGUUUUUAUUUUGCACUUGACGUUGGCCAGCAGGGUACACGCCGUGGUGGCCGGUGUCCUGCCUGUGGUUUGAUAUACGUUGACGCCAUCGUGUGGACAAUCAGAAACUUACUCUUUUAAUGUCUUACGGGAACGGCAACCGUUGUAUUUAAACUUUGUUGCUCCAAAGGGGAAAGUCCAACGUCGGGGGAUCCGAUAAGAAACGUUUCACUGCAUUGAUGUCAUUAUUCCGUCUUUGCCAGGCACACAAGACCUCAGUGAGUUUCAAAGUGCAUCACUUAGGCAAAAGACCAAACUGGGUCACAAAUCUUGUUCAGAUGCCACAAAAAGCCUGCACUAAUCUUAAUAUGCUAAAUAUAAAGAUCAUCGGGAGUCUCUUAUCUGUUUACUUUUGGUCAAGCACAAACAGCAGCAACCAAGUGGGCAGACAUUACAGAACUGCACUUGUCACCACAGGAAAGCGCUCACUUUUCUACUCAGCAUGGAAUAUAUAUAUUUGUUAUUUCUAUGCACACUUUGGUCCACCGUGACGCCACAAGAAAAUGAUGUAUGUUUAAUGCCCAACCUGGGUGUCCACGUUGAAGCUGUCGAGCAGCAGAGGUACUUUAGCCCCGGUGCAGUGUUACCACUGGCCUGUGAGCCGGGAUACACAGCCAUUUUGGGGCCCCGAACAAUUGUAUGUACAGAGCAUGGUGAAUGGACGAAAACCCAAUUCAUGUGCAUCGCAAAACGAUGCCCUUAUCCAGACCCACUGCUUCAUGGAGAAACAUACUAUGAGGAUACGGUAUACAUGAGUACAAUCAACUACACCUGUCAUGACGGGUACACCUUGUCUGGACCCAACAGUGCUAAAUGCCAAGCUAAUGGAACUUGGAGCGCAUCAGAACCAGAGUGCAAACCUGUGUCAUGUGGUCUCGCUCCAAUUCCAAAGUUUGGUCUUAUCAUUUAUAACAAACAUAUCAGAGGAAACACUACUUAUUUUGGCAUCCAUGGGACAUAUAAGUGCCUGCCUCCUUACGCCCUAUUUGGAAAGGCACAUGCAGAGUGCACCGCUAAUGGCAACUGGACUAAGACACCUGAAUGUCGAGUUGUCACAUGUCCUCCACCAGUGAACAUUGUCAAUGGUUACAUGUCCACCAACGACAAGAAGUACUACUACUUGAUGGAGGAAGUCAGGUAUGGCUGCAAUGGCAACUAUGAGCUGGAAGGAAGCUUCCAGAUUGUUUGUCAGAAGAAUGGAGAAUGGUCUGAAAAACCAGCCUGCAAAGCUCCUUGCAGCGUUGACAUAAAAAGAGGAAGAAUAUUGUACAAUGAUCAAAGAGUCUGGAUUGAAGCCUUCCAGCCCAACAAAGUCCUCCAUGGUCAUAUAGUCUCAGUCUACUGCAUGGAUAAAGCCAGGGAGUGCGGCUAUGCCGUGUCAAGCCAGUGCAUUGAUGGAAAACUCAAAAUCCCUGAAUGCUAUGAAGAGCCAAGCAGCACUGAUUAUGCCCUUUAUUCAGGUUCACUUCCAUCUGAAAUAGAACAGUGUUAUGACGACAGCAGAGUGCUCCUUCAGUAAUACCACAUUAUCCUGUUCUCCAAAAAUAAAGGAUAUUGUUUGACUUGC